CAUGAGGCUGACCUCCCUAGUGGAGGAGAUGGGAGAGCUGGUGUCAGCAGAGUGCCAGCGUCAGGGGGCCUGGGGGUUUCUGUGUGAGGGUACAGGGGCCCAGCUGCUCUGCCCUGAUACUGGAACUGUGCUGACCAAGGACCACAUCUUUGGUCCUGAUGGGUCCCUGCGGGUCUGUCGGGCCCUUCAUUGUGAUUCAGUCACAGGCCUCAUAAGGCCAAAUGCUCACAGUCAUAUGCUGCUGAGCAGCGGCCACACCAUGGCAGUCCCACCUGAUUACUUCCUCCACCCAGAGACUGGCAGAGUUAUGCCCAUAGUUGGGAAUGUGGGCUAUGAUCCUGCAAGCUCUACUUUAGUCUUUACAACUGACUCAUGUACAGGAGACAAUAGGAAAUGGGACAGUCCGCUUCUUCCUUUCAUUACUUACCCAACCUCCUGCCACUCAGAUCUGCCUCUGCCCAACACUCGGCUCAGAGGCCUCAGACCGGGCCAGAGACUUCAGCUGGGAGUCCCCAUGGCAGACCCAGACACGGGUGUCCCAGUGCCUAUUCUGGCAGUAACUAUCCACCCCCAGACAGGGUUAGUUUGCCCCCUGGGAGGGAUGCAUGUCUGUCCCCUUACCCGCCUGCCUCAGCCCAUACAGGCUGGCUAUCCCAUGCUGGACUCCAGGACAGGGAAUGUUGUGCUCACUGUAGGGGUCAGUCUAGAUGCAGUGACAGGAGCUGUGGUGCCAGUAGGUGGAGUUCUGCUGUCAGAGUCCGUUAUUGAACCUCUGAGUGGCCGGAUGGUGAGAGUAGGAGGGUACCAGGCCCUUCUGGACAGCAAGGUUUUGGCAGUGAUGUUCAAAGUACUGGAGCUCCUGAAGCCACUAACUGAGGAGUGGGGAUCAGACCAAACUUUGCAGCGCCAUCAGGACAGCGAGAGAGGGAGCGGUCGGCAAGAUCAUCUUCUCGCUGCAUCCAAGGAGAUCCAGCAGGCCUGGGGGAGGAGCCUGCACUGCCAGCUGCAGCUGCAGACCAGGUUGGAUAUCCUGCUGAACUGGGCUGAAUCUAUCCAGCAGGAUGGAGGGAUUUUAGGAGAGAUGCCUCUCUUAGGUUCAGAUGUGCGUGUGCCAGCUCUGCUGGGGAUGGAGUACCCAGACCCCAUGGGAUCUGGUCUGAGUGUACCUGUGUUGGGAUGUCAGACUGACCUUUCCUCUGGGAUUAUGAUUCCGUUGGCAGGAACCAUGGAGGACCCUGACGGAAAAGGCCUAGUGGCCAUCCGUUAUGGAUCUCAGACUGUCGACCCAGUGACAGGUGUGUUGGCCCCAGUGGUUGGAGCCAGGCUUGAUGUGUCCAGAAAAACUGUUGUGCCUGUCACAGCUUCCUACUGGCUAACGGUGGCAGGUCAAUCUGAUAAGAUGCAGGUAGAGGCACUGCAGAGAGAGGUGUGUGUGCGGAACACUUAUUGGCAACAUCAGAGACCACGGGAGGAAGAUAUUCUCUCUGAUCUGGACUCAGCUCUAUUCCAGUGUCUUUUUAGAGUUACAGAAGCAAACUCUUAUCAGGUCCAGUGGUCAGGGAGGCAGUUUAGGGAAGCAGCCAUGGAUCUGCACGAUUCAACACAGACUGAGGCACAGAGGAGAGCAUCUCAACGCUCCCACUUGGCUCUGAUCUUGCCUUCACAUGUAUUACACAUCCUCACUCUGGGUGACGAGCAGGAGUGGGAUCUGCAGUGUGUUUGGCACUCAGAGCUUGUGUCAGGUCUCGAUAAGGUGGAUGUGUGUAUGGAGCAGCUGCAACAAGACCAAGAAAAAUGGACAACACAGGGAGGAGACUGGGCUACAACCCUCCAUACCAUGGACAGAGAGCUGAGACAGAGAGAGUUGUGGGAGCAGUGUUGUUCCAUACAAACAGAGCUGGAGGCUGCUCUUAAUGCGCUGCACUUUGCCAGACACCUUUCUCAGCUCCGCGCCGACACUGCUCAGGCAGUACUGUGUGGACGCUUUUGGUAUAAGGAAUACGGUCUGGUCCAGUGCAGUGGACACAAGCCAACUGUGGAGGUCUGGGGUUUUCUUCAAAAAAUGGCUUUGCCUCUCCUGGAGAGACUGAACCAACUCCUGGAAGGCAAACAGCCUGCCAGCUUCUCCCCCAACAUCUCCAAUCAGCACAUUUCUGGUUUGUCAACAAAGCAGGCAGACGGGUUGGAGAUAGCCUCCAGAGUCUGGACAGCCUCUGUGCCUGUUGUGAAAGGAAUCUCCACCCAGUCUUUGAGGGAGCCUGUCAAUUUAGUUCAAUCCCAGGACACUGGUUUGCAGGCCAUCUCAGCACCAACACACAAUUCACAAAGACACACCGCAUCUACUGGCAUUCAUUCCCAGGAAAGCCAGCCUGCUCAGCCUACACAUUCUAUCUCUCUCCCCACAAUUCCAGAAGAGGAGUGGGCCAAGCUACUGGAGCUCUCUCCUCUUUUCCAGCUGUUGAAGGGGAUGGAAGUACAGCUAAAGGGUUGGGCCUGUGGGGCAGGGCUUCUUAGAGGAGAGCUUGAAGACAGAUGCAAGGGUUUUGUGGACAUCCUCGAUGCUCAGUGGGAAUGUGAGGGAGAGCUGAUCCCUUUGGACCUCUCGCUCCUUAACCCCAGAGAGUUCCUGGUCUACCAGCACGGACUAUUCCUGAUGCAUACAUUGCAAAAUCUAAAACUGACUCCAGCCAUUUCACUUCAGAUAGCAUCUAGUCUCCCAAACAACAACUACUUUAACAACGUCUUCAGAAAUUCCUUCUUUUAUCAGGAGGCAGAGGAGACGCUCUUUGUCCGUCGCCAGAGGCUCCAGUCAGUUGGAGGCUUCUCUCUGCUGCUGCUCCACUGUCUGUCCCAUGUCAAGAUUAAAGACAUGAGCUCUGACUCCAGUCCUGCCUUCCAGAGGCUUUUCUUCAAGACACUGCAGGCAUGUCUGGGAGAACUAUUUCAAGCCAGACUGGGCAUGCCCUCCUCUGGACAGGAAGCCAAUUUAUGUGUGGAAUUUCAAGACCAAGAGUCACCUUCAGGGGUCUUAAAAAGGACUCUUUCAGACUCUCAUGGUGACUCCCUACUUUACAUGUUUCACAAACCAAGCAGAGGUUUGCUGUCUGAAGAUGAAGUUGAAGAAAUUCAAAGGAAACACAGAGACACGUCUCUGCUCUGCCAUCUUGAAGGACUUUUAAGAGAGAAGAGCUCUGAAAUGUGACGGUAAUAAUUCUAUUUGAAAGACAAUAAAAAAUCCUACAAUAUAUACUUCAUUCAAGGCAAGGUUUUCUUUUAAAGUGUUACAAUCAUAGGAGAAACACAAAGGCAAAAUUGUAAUGAUGUUGAUGAGAUGUUUAUGCUUUUGUAAGAGUGUGCAAUGUAAAAAUAGACUCAAAAAAUAAACAAUUGCAAGCAAAACGGACAAUGUUACCUAUGUUUUCCAUAUUAAUAUGUCAGUUUAGAUAAGUUAUGCAAAGAUAAGGGUUAACAGAGAGGCAAUGGAAGCUAGACACGUCA